AUGGAGGUUGUCACUUUGAUUGGGUUCACUGGUCCCGCCGUACUGGCCCCGUACAAUAUUUUCUUCGAUGCAAAUCAAAUCAGCGAUUUGGACUCCUACUACUUUAUCCUUUCCAUGUGUUGUCCGCAUAUUCUAAUGUUCAUCGACGCUGUUUUAUGUCUUCAUAGACUUCUCAGUUUCUUCGAAGUCGCCCCCUGGUUUUGCAGAAACUUCAAAUGGUAUGAAAUUGAAAAAACUUUCUAGAGGAUUUUCAUUUUUAAAUUUUACCAAGUUUGCAAAGUCCAUAAUUAAUAUAAUCGAAUCUCGCCGACUUGAAUGGCGAUAUGGCAGAUUGGCAAGGUUGAUGCCUACGAAAAACGAAAAAGAAAAAGAGUCUGCCCAUAUCACCUCUCUAGCCUGGAAAAAAGAUUAUACUGACUCUAAAAGGAAGCCAGCGUUUCUUAGACUCUGUAAUAAGUUGAUUUCAACCGUUUCAGGCCCUUGGCUCUUACUAUCCUGACUUCAAUUCCUUCCUCUUUCAUUUUGAUAGCUUUUGCAACAAUGAAUUCCAUUCCCGAUGGAAAGGACAUUGUCGAUGAAAUCCAAACGGCGUAUCAGGUAAGUCAUUCAGCUGAAAAAUCUCCUUUUUUUCCUUGUCUCUUUUAAUCUCCGUACAUCUCCAAAAGAAAUCAUGACGUUCAGUUGGCUAUGGUGGUUAAGAUUAUGCUGGUAGUUUUUAACUUAUCGGGAUAUAUUAUGCUUCUCCGUGCCGUCAACCGGAGAUCAAAAAGAAACCCGUCUAAUGAUCUCCACCGAAGCCAUAGAACUAUCGUCCUUCAGGCUUUGCCAAUAUCUAUCUACUCUUUCGUGAGCUUCUAUUUCGAUAUGAUUUCAAAAAAGUUAUUUUUUGCAGCUGAUGUCUUUUAACGGCGUUCUACUGAGAAUACCUGAAGAUGAGUUUCUGGGAGACGAGGCUCCAUUAAUAUUAAUACUGAGCUUAGUUUUUUCAGGUUUUUUUGGUAGUUAUACCUUAGGCUUUUCAUAUUAUACAUUUCCAGGCUAUGUCGUACCGCUAUCUUUCAUUAUUGGAAACCAGAGAAAGAGGAAAAUGUUCUAUGAUUUUAUGAAUAUGGGAAAAAUGACGUGGAAAGUUAAUAGAGUGUCGAGAACGGCUGUAGUAGUUGUUCAACCUCGAAGAUAAUAAAGCGAUUCUCAGAUAGUGGAUUUUGUUCCAAACAGAGAAUAAACUUUGAAUCUGAAGAAAUUGAAUGGAGAAAAAAGCAACUAACACCCCACUUCUAGUUUUGGUUCAUGAAGAAAAAUCAAAGUAACGUUUUUUCGGGACUGGAGAAACAUAUUAAAAACCACAAAAAGCUGAACUGAAAAAACUUUAAAUUUUUGAUAGUCCCUAAAUUCUUAUUACAGAAACUAUAAAAAGAGUAUUUGAAAGGCAUUUUGAAACCGCGUAAAAACUGCAAUUAAGAGCAUAGACCGGAGAUAACUGUCUAGCAAAAUCUCGAAAUAUUUGAUGAAUUCAAGAAGCAAAACUUGAAGGUUUUUCUAAAAUUAUACCUCAGCUCGUUUUCUCAUGGAAAGACCAUUUUUAAAAGCUCCUUCCUCACACUUCCUGAACUAAGGGAAAAGUUAAAUCGAACUUCACUCAGUACGCGUAUUACCCAGUACAAGGCGUUGUCAUUAACGUCUCUCUUUCUUUCUUACUUUCUGUUUUGUUCUAAUUUAUUUUAUAUGCAUUCUCUUCGCUUCUUUUUAAAUUAUUUUCAUAUUAUAGAAUAAUACACGCUUCUCCAUGUCUUUCAAUCAUUUAUCCUCAUAUUAAAACCGAAUUAGUCCUUCCUUCAACUUUUACAAACUUAUAAUUUUUUUCAAAACUAAAAAAAUUCAAGGUCUACGGCCUAGACAAAACUUCCAAAAUAAUUGCGAAGUUUGUGAACCCCAAUUAUUUCGCACCCUGUCACUGAGAAAAUGGAUUGUCUCAUUCAAACAAAUUGUACAUUACCCUUUUGGCCUAUUUUCUCAAAAAAUGUCGUUCCAAUGAACUUUUUGACGGAAGUUUUGACGGUUCUCGUCUUGUCUCAGUGGAUUCUUGUUCUAGUUCUUCAUAUCAUCUUCAUCGGCAUUCUCAUAAAAUGCUACUCCGAAGACAAGAAGGUGCCCUGA